AUGAAGUCUGAUCAUUGGGGAAUUAUGCUUAUUCUGUCCAGAAUCUCCUCUCAUUUCCACUUUAUCUUCUUCUUACUCAAUCUAACUUUGCCCUAUGUAAAUCUUCAGUUUCUUCCUGAACCAAGGUCAGGACAGGCCCUGCUGCUUUUUACUCAACCAUCUUACAAUUCUUCUAUCUUUGAAAACUCUGCUGCCAGAACGUAUAUGUGGAGUGAUGUUAAGAUGGGUAUUGUGCUCAACCCCCCGCAGUCAUUGGAUAUCAAAUAUACCAUCCAGUCCGGGGACAGUGAAGGCAUCUUUCAGGCUGAGGAUUUUACACUAGGAGACUUUUGUUUUCUUCGAAUACGCACUAAUGGCGGAAGUGGUGCCAUUUUGAACCGAGAAGUUCAAGACAAUUAUACCCUGACUGUAAAAGCAUCUGCCCAAGGAGGUCUCGAGGCCUUAACCACUGUUUAUAUCAAGGUUUUGGACACUAAUGACCUACGCCCGCUCUUUUCCCCCACCUCCUACUCAUUUGUUGUGGCAGAGUCUGCACCCUUAGGCACUAGCAUUGGCCGAGUUACUGCCACUGAUGCGGAUGUUGGCUUGAAUGGAGAAUUUUACUAUUUCUUCAAAACAAGAGUGGAACUUUUUGCUGUUCAUCCAACUAGUGGGGUCAUCACUCUCACAAGGCGCCCCAGAAUAGACAAGCAGGAUCGCUAUGAAAUUGAGGUGCAAGUGAUGGACAGAGGGAUGAAGUUGUAUGGUAGUAGUGGGAUUAGCAGCACGGCUAAACUAACACUAAGUGUGCAGCGUGUGAAUGAGUUUGCACCUAUUCUAAGUGCUGUUACAGUUGAGCCUUCGUGGGAUGACAUGGAUCCCGUCUAUGCUGUAAUAACUGUGGACGAUAAAGAUGAAGGGGUUUCUGGGGAUAUAGAAUGGGUUUCUAUCACUGAUGGAGACCCCUUUGAACAGUUCAUAGUCGAACGCUCCUCAACUGCGAAUGAAUACAAAAUCAAAGCUUUAGACGUGAUUGAUUGGGACAAAUUUGCCUUUGGUCUCAAUUUGACAGUCCAAGCUAAAGACCGGGGUGUUCCUCCCAAGUUUUCUGAAAAUCAAAUUGUUCAGUUGCUGGUUACGAAGCCACAUCCAGUAACAGUAAAUUUUGAACGAGAUGUUUAUGUAGUCAAACUGAGUGAAAUCGCUCCCCCAAGCACUUUUGUGGAGGUGGUGAGACUCUCCCCAGCUCCUUCGAGUGUCAAUUACAGCUUCACCAGGCUUUCUGAUCCAAUGUUCUUUGAUAUAAACCCUUUGACUGGAGUUAUUAUGACCACAAGGCAACUGACAGGCAUAUCACAGGAUUUCAUGGAGAUGGAGGUAGCUGAUAUUGUCAGCCAGCAACGUGCACGAGUCAGAGUAAUCAUAGAGGAUGCAAAUGAUAACAGCCCAGUCUUCAGCAGGUCGGCAUAUGAUGCUACUGUGAAUGAGAGCACACCUGUGGGCACAGUGGUUAUUGCUGUAUCAGCCACAGAUUCUGAUAAAGGGGAGAAUGGAUACAUUACCCACACAAUCAGUAAUGAUCAGGACUUGCCAUUCAGCAUAGACCAGGGCACAGGGGAGGUGAGAGUCACUAAGGAAUUAGAUUUUGAAUCUGCAGAAGAUGUCUAUACUUUUGCAGUGCGGGGCUCAGACUGGGGAACUCCAUACCGAAAAGAAAGUGAGGUUAAUGUCACAAUCCGUUUGAUCAACAUAAACGACAACCCUCCUCUAUUUGAGAAAGUGUCUUGUAGAGGCAUGAUAAGUCGUGAUUUCCCUGUCAACCAAACUAUUGUCACUAUGUCUGCUGUUGACUUGGACGAGCUUGGAUUAGUGAGGUACCAAAUAGUGUCUGGCAAUGAGUUAGACUACUUUACUCUACACCCUGUUUCAGGAGCUCUGUCAUUGAAAAGACCAUUAGCCAUACUUAAUAAUAUAAAAAAUGGUGUAUUCAACCUGAAAAUAGUCGCAACAGAUGGUGAAUUGAUAUCAGAGCCUACAUUUGUCAACGUGUCUGUGGUGAGGGGUAGAAUGCCACCUGGGGGCUUUAAUUGUAGGGAGACCAGGGUGGCCCAGAUGCUUGCUGAGAAAAUGCUCUCCAAAGCCUCAGCUAUGGCAAAGCCGAGUUAUUCUGAAAGGUACACAGCCGACCUUUACUCCGCAAACACGCAAGCGCCGCAAUUCGAAGCCUUACCAACAAGUAUUUUAGUACGUGAGGAUCUACCUGUUGGUGCUGGUGUAUUCCAAGUGAGAGCCCGAGAUAGAGACACAGGCUUCAAUGGAUGUGUGCUCUUUUCAAUAUCUGAUGGGAAUAAAGAAAACUGUUUUAAAAUAGAUAUGGAAAGUGGACUCAUAAGUGUGUUACUACCACUUGACCGUGAAAGAACAGACCGCUACUUCCUCAACAUCACCAUUUACGACCGGGGCGAUCCACAAAUGUCAAGUUGGCGCUUACUGACAGUGAUCAUAGAAGAUGCAAAUGACAAUGACCCCAUGUUCUUACAAGACGGCUACUCCGCUAUUGUGUCGGAAAAUGCAGUUAUUGGAUUGGAAGUCAUCACUAUCAUGGCGUUUGACAGAGAUAUGGGUCAAAAUGGACAGCUGGCUUACAUUAUGCUGACCAGUGUGCCUCAAUUUGGAAUAGACAGCGAAACUGGGAGUGUGUUUGUGGCUAGUAACUUGGAUAGAGAGAGCUCCCCCAUUUUCAUGUUGAAAAUUGAAGUGCGGGACAAGGCAGAACGGGGCACCCGAAGGUCAUCUGUGACUACAUUAAGUAUUAUAGUGGAGGAUGUUAAUGAUUGCGCCCCAGCUUUUAUACCCACAAGUUAUAGUGCCAAAGUGCUGGAGGAUCUCCCCCCUGGAGCUGUCAUUAGCUGGGUCCAAGCCCAAGACCCAGAUGUAGGACCUGGUGGGCAAGUCUGGUACUCUCUGAUUAACGACUUUGGUGGCACUUUUGAGAUCGAUCCUGUAAGUGGAGCUUUGAGGAUAAGUAUGGAGCUGGAUUUUGAAAAACAGCAGUUUUACAACUUGAGUGUUUUGGCUGAAGACCGGGGAGAACCCAGUCUGAGUGCACAGACAUUUGUGGAGGUGGAGGUGGUGGACGUGAAUGAGAACCUGUAUGCACCCUAUUUCCCUGAGUUUGCUGUGAGGGGCUCAGUGAAGGAGAACAGUCGCGUGGGCACCAGUGUCCUGACAGUCAGUGCUCAGGACGAAGACCGCGGGCGCGAUGGGCAGCUGAGGUACUCUGUCAGAAGAGGCAGCGGGCUCGGCACUUUCACUAUUGAUGAAGACACAGGGGUGAUUUACACAGCUGCUAUCCUGGACUGUGAGAGCAAAGACUCCUAUUGGCUUACAGUGGACGCUACAGACAGGGGGGUCACACCUCUGUCUGCUGCUAUCGAAGUCUAUAUUCAGGUUGAAGAUGUUAAUGACAAUGCCCCACUGACGUCAGAUCCCAUCUACCAUCCCGUCGUCAUGGAGAACUCUCCCAAAGACGUGUCUGUGAUCUGGAUCCAGGCCCAGGACCCUGACCUCACAGCGAUGCCCAACCGCCUCACCUACCGCAUCAGCGCCGGCAACCCACAGAACUUCUUCACUAUGAACCCCAAAACAGGUCUGAUUACCACCACGGCGAGAAAACUGGAUCGGGAACAACAAGCAGAGCACUUUUUAGAGGUUACAAUCAUAGAUGGACCUGUGACGACUCGACAGUCCACGGUCUGGGUCAUAGUCCACAUUGAAGAUGAGAAUGACAACCCGCCCACCUUCCCAGAGCUCGUGUACCGUAUCCGGCUGCCUGAGCGCGAUAGAAACAAACGUGGAGAACCAGUCUACCGCGUCUUUGCUUAUGACCGAGAUCUGGGAGCCAACGGCAACAUCACCUACAGUAUAGUUGCUGGAAAUGAGGACGACAAGUUCACCAUAGACCCCCGCACUGCCAUGGUGUCAUCCAAGAAGAUGAUGGUAGCAGGCAGCUUUGACGUCCUCACGAUCAAAGCUGAAGAUAGUGGUGAUCCUGCUCUUUGGUCCACGGUCAAACUUUAUGUUGAAUGGAUUUCUAAACCAGCUCCCUCCACUAUGCCCCUGCUGUUCACUCAAAGGUACUACAACUUCUCUGUUUUGGAGACAGCAGGCGUCGCUCAACCAGUGGGUGUGGUCGCCGUGAGUCAAUCAAACACGCCAGUCUGGUUCAACAUUGUUGGAGGACGCCUUGCCAGAGAAAUGUUUUACAUCCCACAAAAUGCAUGUGGAAGGAACUGCUCACUCGAUACAGGGAGCUUUGACAUGCAGUUUGACCUCCAAGUGGGGGUGGGCACUCUGGUGGUGGCCAGGCCCCUGGAUGCUGAGAUGCAAUCGGUGUACAACAUGACGAUCCAGGUGACAGAUGGUAGCAGCCUCGCCACAGCACAGGUUUUCAUCCGGAUUUUGGACAGCAACGACAACUCUCCAGUAUUUUCUCAGUCUGCGUAUGAUGUGAGUGUGUCUGAGGAUGUUCCGGUGGACACAGAGCUUCUGCGUGUGCGGGCGACAGACGUGGACGAGCGUGCACGUUUAAGCUUCUCCAUCUACGGCUCAGUGGAUCCAGCCAGUAUGAGGCUGUUCAGAGUCAACCCCGGGACAGGGGUGGUCUACACUGCAGACAGGCUGGACUAUGAGGCACGGACACAGCACAUUCUCACUGUUAUGGUCAAGGAUCAGGAGUUUCCAUUUAACCGUGACCUGGCGCGGAUCCUGGUUGCUGUGGAGGACUCCAAUGAUAAUAUCCCAUACUUUACCAGCACUGUGUAUGACGCCACUGCCUACGAGUCUUUCUCUAUAGGCACCUCUGUCCUGCAAGUCACAGCUUUAGACAAAGACAAUGGGAUUAAUGGGCAACUUACAUACAGCAUAGAAGCAGGUAACACAGGUGGUGUGUUCAGCAUAGAUAAUAGCACAGGUGUAAUAUUCACUGCCCGGCAGUUGGACCUCUCCUGCGUUGGCUUCUACACCCUCACUGUGCGGGUCACUGACAGUGGAUUUCCUCCCCUAAUGGCAACAGCCACAGUCCGCAUCGCUCUGUCCCUCUCUGAAUUCUCCACACCCAAGUUCACACAGAGGGAGUACCAAGCUGAGAUCAUGGAGAACAGCACCACUGGAACUCAUGUGACCACCGUGAGUGCUAUAAGCCGCUCUUCUCUUAUUUAUGACCUUGGCCGAGGCAAUGAAGAUAACUGCUUUGACAUCAACCAUCACACCGGUGUAAUCAUGACUCGCAAACUACUUGACUUUGAGGUUCGUAAAAUGGACUUGAUUUUAUUCACCUUGAGUGCUAAAGCCACUUUAUACUAAUGGCAAUUUUGUUGUUUUUGGCAGCAAACAGCCUCUUACGUCCUGGUGGUGAAUGCUUUGAGUAUGUCUGGAGUAGAAGCCAGCACUUCAGUCCUUGUCCAGGUUGGAGAUGUCAAUGACAGCCCCCCUGUAUUUCAAAAACUCAGGUAUGUUGGUGUAAUCAGCGAAGCAGCGCCAGUCAACAGCGUUGUUCUGGGAGAGGAUGGUACACCUUUAGUCAUCCAGGCGAUUGACAAGGAUCGUAAUCACAACGCCUUGUUAGUGUUCCAGAUUAUAGAUGAGACCGCGCGCAUGUUUUUCAGUGUGGACUCUGGGACUGGCUCGAUCCGGACAAUUGCUAAUUUGGACUAUGAGACUUUCUCUGAUUUUAUGUUUCGGGUCCACGUCAGAGACAGCGGCCAACCUCCUCGAAGCGCUGACAGUCCAGCCGAAGUGAUUAUAAAAGUGAUCAACAUCAACGAUUCACCUCCAAAGUUCACUCAGGACACGUAUGAGGCUGUCCUCCUUUUGCCGACUUAUUUGGGCGUUGACGUUUUGCGGGUUGAGGCUUUUGACCCUGAUUUGACCUCUGAACCUGAUAGCUCCAUGACAUCACAACUAAUCUAUUCUCUGGUGGAUGCCGAAUAUUUCUACAUUGAACGCUACACUGGCAUUGUGACUGUCGUAAAUCCAAACCUCAAUAAAGAGCGCUACCGUUUCAAUGUAAAGGUUUGGGAUGGACGUUUUUCCAGCAUGGCGUUGGUGACAGUGCUGGUUCGUGAAGCUCUGGACAGUGGCCUUCUCUUUACUUUCCCGGUCUAUUCCGCCUCAGUUCGCGAGAACUCGGCUAACAUUAGUAUGCUAACUGUGGUAAAUACAGUCGGCCAUCGUCUUAAUGAGCCCCUGAGGUACUCGCUGCUGAACCCCAGUGGGCGAUUUGAGAUCCGUCCCACCUGUGGAGUUCUGUUGACCACAGGGAAGCCUUUUGACAGAGAGGAAACUCCAACAUACACACUGGUGGUGGAGGUGCGAAGAGAGGAGGAGGUACUGAGAGUAGCCAGAGUCAACGUGCAAGUACAAGUGGAGGAUAUGAAUGAUAAUGCCCCUGUGUUUAUGAACCUCCCAUACUACGCUACCGUCCAAGUGGAAGCUGAACCCGGAUCUGCCAUCUUCACUGUGUCUGCCUCAGAUUUAGACAGUGGAGUCAAUGGAGACAUUAUCUAUAGCCUAAAGGAGCAACACAGAAACUUCCAGGUGAAUCCAGUUACUGGCGAGCUGACUCUACAGCGGGCUUUUGAAUCAGAUCUCUCGAAUGCAGCACAUAAACUAACCAUUGUGGCCACUGACAGAGGAUUCCCAUCUCUAUCCAGUGAGGUUGAAGUCCCUGUGAAUGUAGUGAACAAAGCUAUGCCAGUUUUCGACAAGUCCUUUUAUGGAGUCACUGUUCGAGAAGAUGUUUCUAUCUCCACCUCUGUCCUGCGCAUCAAUGCCACCACUCCUGAGGGCCAAAGUGUCAUCUUCACUAUCACCGAUGGGGACCCUUCACUGCAGUUUGACAUUGGGUUCGAUACUGGAGUAAUCUCUGUUAUCUACCCAUUAGACUAUGAGACCACCCAGUAUUACAGGCUGACAGUGAAGGCAACAGACACACUCACUGGUUCCAAGGCUGAUGUGGAUGUAGACAUAGUGGUGCUAGAUGUGAACGACAAUCCGCCAUUGUUCCAGAAUAAUUCCUACUCUGGUGUCCUGUCGGAAAAUGUCAUGAUUGGGACCACAGUUUUGCAGGUGUUCGCAGUAGAUCAAGACACAGAGAAGAAUGCCUUAGUGAGAUACCAAAUCCUAUCAGACAUUUACAAUAGUUCAGACUACUUCCAGAUUGACAGCAGCAGUGGCAUUGUAUACACCGCCCGUCUUCUUGACUACGAACUCAUCCAGAGAUACAACUUUAUCAUCCGGGCAACAGAUAGUGGAGACCCACCCCUCAGCAGCGAUGUCAGCAUCACAGUGACUGUAACAGACACCAAUGACAACCCUCCCAACUUCAGCCAAACUGUGUACGAUGCUUUUGUGAGUGAGCUGGCACCCAGGGGACACUUUGUGACCUGUGUGCAGGCCUCAGACGCAGACAUUUGUGAUGCAAAUAAGCUCAGGUACAGCAUCCUCUCUGGAAAUGAGCGCAUGACUUUUAUGAUGAAGCCAGAUACAGGAGUGCUUACUCUGUCUAACAAGAGGAGACAAGGCAUGAAACUGUCCUAUCAGCUCAAUGUGUCCGUGUCAGAUGGAGUCUUCACGAACACGGCUCAGGUUAUCGUCCGUGUUUUGGGAGCUAACUUGUACAGUCCUGUUUUUAGCCAGCGGUUCUAUCUAGCUGAGGUCAGUGAAAACGCACCUCCAGGGUCAAGGGUCAUCCAGGUCCUGGCUACUGAUGAGGACUCAGGAUUAUAUGGUCAGAUCACAUACUCCUUUGUGAAUGACCUGGGAAAAACUCAGUUCACUAUUGAUGCCGAUGGAGUUAUUUCAUCCAGUCAGAAGCUAGACAGAGAAAACCCCCUGAAUAAAGAUAUGGUGCUGACCGUGAUGGCCCUGGAUGGAGGAGGCCGUGCCUCUUUCUGCACAGUCAGGGUGGUCCUCACUGAUGAGAAUGACAAUGCCCCUCGGUUUAGGGCAGUGGAGUACAGGAUGAGCAUUAAAGCUAACGUGGCUAAAGGAUCCCUGGUCACUCAGAUCCAGGCCACAGACCCGGACGCUGGCUCUAAUGGGCGCAUCACCUACUCCCUGUACAGUGAGGCGCGGCUCUCGCUAGUCGAUGUGCUGGAGGUGGAGGCGGACAGUGGAUGGAUGAUGACCAAGAGCACUGUGGACCAUCUACAGGGGACUGUCCUGUCUUUUUUUGUCAAAGCUACAGAUGGUGGCUCUCCCCCAAAGCAUUCUCUGGUCUCUGCCUUCAUCCACGUGGUCCCACCAGAUGCUUUUGUCCCUUCCUUCAGCCAACCACAGUACUCCUUCACCAUCCCAGAGGACACCUCCACUGGGACAGCAUUGGGGUCGGUGUACAUGGGCGCGGGACAGACUGGGUCCUUCACUGCCAUAGCCGGAGAGACAAAGGACAGUAACCUGGAAGGGACAUUUUUAGUGGAGAAGGAGACUGGAUUGAUUCGACUGGUUCUGCCUCUUGAUUAUGAAGAGGUCAGCAACUUUAGAUUCAAGGUUUCUGCGACGACCAGAAGAGAUCUAAUAGAGGCUGUGUCUACUGUGGAUGUGGAGGUGAAGAUACUUGACGUCAAUGACAACAAACCCAUUUUUGAAACCAACCCGUACGUCGCCACUGUAAUGGAGGGCAUGCCUGUUGGGACCAGAGUGGUGCAAGUACGAGCGCUUGAUCCAGACUGGGGCUCCAAUGGACAGGUGACGUACAGCAUUGGGGCUAUGUUAACCAAUUCAGAGUUAACAAAGGAAACUCGCCCGUUCACCAGCACAGACAGAAAAGCCUCAUUUGCCAUUGACAGUAAGACAGGCUGGAUCACCACACUGAGCCAAAUGGACCAUGAAUUUUGUUCCAGCUAUAGUUUUGAAGUUGUAGCCUCAGAUUUGGGAGAAGCGCAGUCACUAUCCUCUACAACUAUCGUAACCAUCACUGUGUCGGACGUCAAUGAUAACCCGCCCCAGUUUGAGCGUGAAUUGUACCGAGGCGCAGUGAAGGAGAGUGACCCGCUGGGGGAGGUGGUGGCUGUCCUCAAAACCAGAGAUCGUGACGGGACGGACCAAAACCGAAUGGUCAGCUUCUACAUCACCGGGGGAAACUUGCGAGGCGUGUUUGGUUUGGCUUUAGUUCAGGGCGAGUGGAAGGUGUAUGUUAGCGGGAUCCUGGACCGGGAGCAGCAAGACGUGUACCUGCUCAACAUCACUGCGAGCGACGGUCUCUAUGUGGCUCGCACCGCUGUGGAAGUCACUGUCAUGGAUGCCAAUGACAACAGCCCCAUCUGCAACCAGGCGGUCUACACUGCGUCUUUUCCCGAGGACAUUCCUACUAACAAAGGAAUACUGACGGUUGGAGCCACAGAUGCCGACUCAGGGUCAAGUGCAGAGAUCCAAUAUUCACUGUUUGGUAUUGGUGUGGAGGAUUUCUACAUGGAUGCAAACACAGGUGAGCUCCGUACGGCCACCACAAUGGAUCGUGAGGUGACACCCAGCUACCGUCUCAUCGCCCAGGCAACAGAUGGCGGAGGCCUGUUUUGCCGCUCUGACAUUUCCCUGAAGGUGUUGGAUGUGAAUGACAAUGCACCGUCUUUCUCCUCCUCUCAUUACAUGUCGAGCGUGUACGAGAGUGCCGUGCCCAGAGCUUUGCUCACACGCCUCCAAGCCAGUGACCCGGACGAAGGCUUCAACCGCACAAUCGUUUACUCCUUGGUGGAUUCUGUCAGUGGAUUCUUCUCCAUUGACCCUAUUUCUGGAGUUGUCGUUCUUGAGAGACCUCUAGACAGAGAAAGCCGUGACUCUUACCAUAUCCGAGUUCAAGCAAAUGACCAGGCAGGACAACAGGGGGCGCUGUCCUCUCAGGUGGAUUUGACCAUUUUAGUGCUGGACGUGAAUGACAAUGCACCGGUCUUUCAGAGGAGGGAUUAUUCAGUCACAGUUCCUGAAGAUGUUGCCGUGGGGACAGAGGUGACACGUGUCCUAGCGACCAGUGUGGACAUCGGGCCAAACGCAGAGAUCACAUAUAGCAUACGGUCCGGCAAUGAGCUGGGCAAGUUUGCCAUAGACAGAAUACUGGGCUCCAUUUCUGUGGCUGACGACUUGGAUUUCGAGGUGUGUAAGGAUUUCUACCUGACAGUGGAGGCCUGGGACAAGGGGAACCCCCCUCUGAGCACGGCCAUCAUGGUCACCAUCGAACUUAUGGAUGUCAACGACAACGCUCCCGCUUUCAGUCAGGACAUAUACAACGUCCUAGUCAGUGAGGACGCAGCUGUUGGACAAACGGUCACCAGGUUGUUGGCCGAAGAUCUGGACAGUCAGGUUAACGGUCGAAUCACCUACUCCAUAAUGAAAGGAGACCGGAGUAACCACUUCUGGAUUGACCCCGUGACGGGCCUCCUCAAAGUCAAUAAGCGCCUUGACAGAGAACUAGUGCCCCGGUACACUCUGUCUGUGCAGGCCUUUGACAGCGGCUCCCCUGCCAUGUCGUCCACUGUCACAAUUAAUAUUGAUAUUGCAGAUGUAAAUGACAACGCUCCAGUUUUCAUGCCUCCCAACUCAACAGCUAUUAUACAGUUAAACCAACCCGCAGGUUCUGUUCUCCAGACUGUGUCCGUCAGUGAUAAGGACACAGCCAGGAACGGCCCUCCUUUUGAGUUCCGCAUUGUUUCUGGGAACGAGGGCAACUUCUUCACAUUAGAUCAGAGUGGCACCCUGAGGUCCAGCCGUGUGCUUGGUCCUGAUUCACCAAGAGAAUUCAUCUUAGAAAUACAGGCAAGUGAUUCCGGUAAGCCUCCCCUUACUACCUCGUCCUGGCUCUUCUUAAGGGUCAUUGGAAACAGCCAGUACAAGCCCGCUGUCUCGCCCCUCGAAAUCUUUAUUGUGAUGAUGACUGAUACAUUUCAAGGUGGUCCCAUCGGUCAGAUCUACGCCACAGACCGAGACCCUAAUGAUGUCCUGUCUUUUACCCAGAAGUCUCCUCCAAAAAGCAUGUUCAGCAUAAAUAGACAAGACGGCAGCAUCAUAGCACUACCGGGAGUAGAGCCGGGCAGGUACCAGAUGAAUGCCACAGUGAGUGACGGUCGGUUCGCUGUGAUCGCUGACGUAUCAGUGGUGGUGGAGCAGAUCACAGAUGUGUUGUUACGCAGUGCAUUGACCCUGCGCUUUAGGACUCUGUCCCCGGAGGACUUACUCGGCCGCUACCUGGGCCAGAUAAAAUUAAUGUUGCGUGGGAUAACCGGCUGGAAGUGGUCGCCGGGACAACCAGACCCCCUGCACAUUCUGAGUAUACAGCCCGUGAUUGGGACGCCUGAUGUGGAUCUGCUUUGGUCCUUGGAAAGACCAGAAACAGCAGGUAGCAGUGGAUUUUUCACACAACCGGAGAUGUCUGUAAAGCUGGAGGAAGCAUCUUUGAAAGGGCAGAUCAGAGGAGUGCUGUCCGGAGCUGUGCUUUUGAGCAAUGCUUGUUCAGGAGAUCUGGACUGUAGAGACCAAGUGUGUGAGUCAAGUCUAGUGAUGGAUGGGUCGUCUCUGGUGACCUACAACACAGAGAGGGUCAGCCUGGUGGCACCAAGAUUUGGACGAACCGAGAUAUGCACCUGUCCUGGGAUGUGUCGCACUCCAGUAGAACUCUGUGAUGGCCAGUCCUGUCCUUCAGACAUGCAGUGUGUGCGCUCUGGUCCUACAGCACCAUCUGUCUGCCAGUGUCUCACUGAAAGACUGGACAACUGUGCAGGUCAAACCUCCUUAAGUUUUUCUGGAAACAGUUACAUCAAGUAUAGAGUGACGGAGAGCGGUCAGAGCGGUGAAAUGAAACUUGGUCUGAGGAUACGGACCCUUCAGAGACGAGGGGUGAUCAUGUUCACACGGGUUAAUCCCUGUACAAUGCUUAAGAUUGAGGGGGGUCGCUUGUGGUUCCAGUUGGAUUGUGACAACACUCUAGGCAUUAUGGGUAUUUCCGGACGGCCCAUAAAUGAUGGUCUGUGGCACACUGUAUCGCUUGAGUUGACCAGGAACUACACACUCCUGUCUUUAGAUGACAGCUACGUGGAGCGGCGGCGAGCUGCCAGAGCUCCUGUCCGCCUCUGGCCUUUGGCUCCAGACUCCUCCUUCUUUUUCGGGGCCCAAGUAAGACCCCCAAACAGUUUAGGGGAGAGGCCAAGUCCUGGACCAAGCAGGGGUCAGGGAGAACUUGGCGAUCGUGUGACAAGGGCUCCACCUAGAGCCCAAGAUGGUUUUCAGGGCUGCCUUGGUUCACUGACGCUGAACGGGAACGAGUUGCCACUACAGAACAAGAGGAGCAGAUACGCAGAGAUAGCCGGAGUGAGCGAGGUCAAACUGGGAUGUGUGCUGUACCCGGACCCCUGCGUUAGUCAGCCCUGCCUCAACGGCGCCAUCUGCAAUAGUCUGCCCUCUGGAGGCUUCAUGUGCAGUUGCAGUGCAGGCUUCACUGGGGGACGCUGUGAAGUUGAGCUAACAUCUUGCAUGCCAAGCCCAUGCCAGAACGGCGGUGACUGUAAGCCUUUGGGCAACACAUUCUUCUGCUCUUGUCCCAAAGGACUGGGGGGUCUUAUAUGUAAUGAAGAUAUUGAUGAAUGUGAUGAAGAGGAGUGCAGUGAUAAUGGAGAGUGCAUCAACACUUUUGGCUCGUUUUUCUGUAACUGCUCCGAGGGCUUUGAGGGCGAGCUCUGCAGCGAUGAGGCACCUGGAGAGCUGCUGGACGACACACAGGCCGAGCCUCUGUCGUAUGUAGGACCAGGAGAGAUCAUUGGUAUCGGAGUGCUCGCUUUUGUCAUCCUCCUCCUCCUCGUUCUCUUUGUCAUAUUUCGCAAAAAAAUCAAAUUUAGGAAAGACUCUAACUCCGGACCUUCUCAGACCAUUUUGGGGGUCUCUGCCGUCUCAACAGAAACAAGCUACAUGCUGCACAAGACUGGGGUGGGCGCAGAGGGCAUUGAGUUUAAAGCAGUGCGCGUGUCUGGCUCUCCUGGGACAAGUACAUAUGGAGAGGUGGGAGGAAGCACAGGCGGUCCUCCUCAGGUCAUGGUUCGCCCCAAUGCCCACUCACCUCUACCUGGAGCUUUGGGUGGCCCCACCCUGAGAGGAGAUAAGACUGCACCAAGUGACAGCAGUCAGAUGAGCAGUUUCCUGUCUGACAUGUCUAACAUCAGCAGAGGGGCAAACAGACGGGGGAUCGCAGUCUGCAGUGUUGCCCCAAACCUGCCACAGUCUUCCCAACGCUGCCCGGAGCUCAGCCCAGUGCAUAAGGUGUCCUGGGAAGUACCACCGCCCAGACAGGACAGUCCAGACUCUGACCCUCCCAACAGAGACCACAGAGAGGAGCAGUGGAGCCACAGAGCGUUUGAGAUGGAGCGAACGCACAGGGACACCAGUCCACAAGAUGUGCCAGAGUUGCUGAGAGAAGGGACCUGUCUCUCAGACUCCACCUCAGAGGACCACUCACUCAGUUCAUACACUUCAGAAUCCUUUGAUGACAACGCCUCCAUUGUAACUGUCAUACGUCUUGUCAAUGAUGCAGUCAACAAUAUCGAAAAUGAAGUGUCAAACAUGGACAAAGAACCGCGGCGGAACAGCCCUGCUUCGCAAUGGGAGUCAUCCAGCCAGUCUGCAAGUUGGCUGUCACCCUCACGUCUGCGCCCGCCUGAAAUGGGGUCCCACUAUGACCCAGAGGACACCCAACAAACUAUCAGGAGAGGGGGCAGUACAAGGUCCCUACAACUGGAUUAUAGAGUCAUGAGUGUUGGCUGCAGUGGAGAUAGAGGAAGAGCGAGAGGAAGUGAGACAACAAGAAGUAAGCGGCUGUUCCAGUGGGAGAGGAACCAGUCGGGGGAAUGGGAGCGAAGGCGAGUGCUGGACCAUGAGACAAACAAAGAACAUGACAGAGACAUGUGCAAUGACUCUCCUGUAUAUGAAGAAUACAGAGAAACCAAACCAGGAGAGCAAGACACUGAGGGCCUGUACGACACUUUACCACCAACGCGUCCCGCCUACGAGGGGUACCCAUCCAGCCCACCAGGCCUCAACCUUCACCCCGCCCAGCUCCUACCCCCACUGCGCGCCUGGGAGCUACAGACUGGGGAGUGGAGGCGGAGCUCACAGGAGGAGCAUGUGGAGGUGACUGCUGCCACACUGUCCGGACCGGGGGACGAAUUAGAAAGGCUUUUGAACCUGGUGUCCUUACGAGCCAGGAGGGCCACCCGAAUAAACCGCACCUCUACGGGGUCAGAGCCAACCAGUGGAUGGGACUCCUACCACUGAGCGCCUCUGUGAUAUAAGACUUUAAUUAUUCCUAUGAAAUAAUAUAGGCGGUGACCCAAAAUUGAUUACACUUGACAUUAAUCAAACACCACUAUGUGAAAAAUGAUUAAAAUAUUUCCAUAGUCAAUUUUCAUUAUGUGUAAUUAUCCCACUUUAAUCAAGCACUAAUCCACUGCAGAUCCAGGCCGAGGACAAUAAGCUGCAAUAGAUGCUAUCAA